CGCGCAAGUUGCAAUAAACGUCGGACAAUCUGUCGGACUGAUAAAUACUCUACUAUUUGCGAGCUUUAAAACAUCGGGCGCUACGUCGUAUAUCCUACUUCUAUUCGAUCCUACACUAUGUUCCUCCGUGUAAUUUCGACACUGGGCGUCGCGCUGACGUCGUGGGUUCAUUGCAGCAGCAUGAACCGCACAUACACAAACCCCGUUCUUCCAGGAUGGAAUUCAGAUCCAAGCUGUGCUUUCGUCCAAGAAUGGGACAACACCUUCUUCUGCACAACCUCGUCCUUCCUGGCCUUUCCGGGCGCUCCAGUAUUUGCCAGCAAGGAUCUCACGAACUGGAAGUUGGCCAGCUACGCUCUGAAUAGGGUGGAUCAAGUACCUGAGUUGUUGAACAAUGGUCAGCAGAGCGAGGGCAUCUGGGCGUCUACGAUCCGCUAUCGCAACGGCACCUUUUAUCUCAUCACGUCGUACAUCUCCUUUGCGGUAUGGGAACCGAAGCUUCUCCUUUUCACUACUACUGAUCCGUUCGACAACAAUGCUUGGAGCGAUCCCGUGCGCGUCGAGAACCCGGCCAACGACAUCGACCCGGACAUUUUCUGGGACGACGAUGGCAAAACGUACAUGGCCAUCGCUGCUGGAAUCUACAUCAGUGAGAUCGACGUCACAACGGGUGCAGCAACAGAACCGUUCAGGGUCUGGAAUGGGACUGGAGAUCGGAACCCGGAAGGUCCCCAUUUGUAUAAAAAGGAUGGGUACUAUUAUCUCUUGAUCGGAGAGGGAGGCACCGAGACGAACCACAGCGCCACCAUUGCUCGAUCAAGAGAUAUUCACGGACCAUACGAAGGAUAUACCAAGAAUCCAGUUCUUACAGCCAAGAAUACGGAUAGGUACUUCCAGACGGUCGGCCAUGCGGAUCUUUUCCAAGAUGGCGAUGGAAACUGGUGGGCCGUUGCCCUGUCCACGCGAUCCGGUCCGGACUGGGAGGUCUAUCCCAUGGGCAGGGAGACGGUGCUUGUCCCCGUCACGUGGGAAGAAGGCGGGUGGCCCGUCGCGGAUGUAGUUCGUGGGCGAAUGAGUGGACCUCUUCCACCUCAAAACAAGGAUAUCAAAGGCGGCGGACCGUUCGUUGAUGUCCCGGAUAUGAUUGACUUCCCUCCCAAUUCGAGCAUUCCGCGCCAGCUGCUCUUCUGGCGACCGCCGAAGACAUCUCUCUUUGCUGUGUCCUCACCGGGCCACCCGAAUACGUUAUGUAUCUCUCCGUCGCGAUUUAACCUCACCGCAGGCGACAACUUUCAGCCAGCACAAGACGGUCUAGGCUUCAUUGCGCGCAAGCAGACAGCUUCGAUCUUCGAAUACAGUGUCGAUGUUUCCUUCAAGCCUUCCGCUGUAGAUGAGGAGGCCGGUGUUUCCGUUUUCUUAACGCAGCUUCAACACAUCGACCUUGGAAUUAUUAACCUAGCAACUAACGGCACGCUUACUCCGACGCUACGUUUCCGCAUUGAAGCAUCCGGAAAGCCGAAUGUCACUGUGCCGGAUAUGAAGGUGGUGCCUAUCCCGGACUCAUGGCAAAACCAGACCAUUCGCCUUUCCGUCAAGGCAACUGAAGGCUCCAUGUACACUCUCUCAGCCGCGUCUACCUCGAACCCUCAGGAGUCGAUCAACAUGGGUUCCGCAAGUGCUCUUAUUGUAUCUGGAGGAAGUGGGCCAUUUACCGGUACACUAGUAGGUGCAUAUGCGACGAGCAACGGGGGUAAUGGAUCUACCCCGGCGUACUUUAGCCGAUGGAGGUACACGCCCUUGGCUCAGGAGAUUUCGGAAGGCGAAUACGUCCGCGUGUAAGCGAAACGGCCUGUGUGUGGUUGUGUGAACCAGGUUGAGAUAUAGUAUGACCCCGUACGUGCACAGAUAUCGGCUGUGUAAUGGCA